AUGCGAAGGAGGAUGAAAACAACGAGAUCGGAGAUCUCGAGCAAAGGGAGGAAACAGAUGGACGAGGACGCGUGGCGCGAACCAUUGGAGGCGAUCUCGAUCAACGACGACGAGUGGUGGUGCAUGGUGACCAUGAUGGUCGAGACGAUCACCGAGCACUCGAGGUGCGUGUCGCUGUUCAACGCGGCGGCCGAAGAGGGCAAGCGAAAGGCCAUUUACUCGCUCAGCUAUCACAAAAUGCUGGCCAGCGUGAGGGCGUUGUCGAAGCAGAGCCUGGACAAAUGUCCGGCGAUCCAGGGUGUUUGCCAUUACGCGAGCAAGGUGCUGAACGAGGAAAACUACUAUGAAGCGUUACCAAGCUGGCUGAUGGCGCGGAUCAUCAAGUACUUAAUAUACCGGGCCAGAGAAGAGAGCAUCGGCAUAGUGAAAAGGCUGGCGGACCUCGAGCGAGAGGUAGACGAGGAGUAUUGGAUUAUGCAGACGGUCGCUGACUCCGGUAAAGGCAAUCGGACUCGAGGAGAUUCGACAGGAAAGCAAACACGAAGCUGCGGAAACGCGGGGAGGAAUGGCGGGACGCGGUGUACGUGGACGACGCGCCGAUAGACGGGCCGAAUCUCUACGUAAUUCUCACCUGUUUCCACGAUCCUGACCUGCCCCAGCAGCUGAUAAACGUGGGCGUGCCACUGCGCUGCUUGAUGCAGAUCAAACGUCCCGGCGAGCGUCUCGUUCGCGGCGGUAACGUCGAGACAAGACCCGGGAAACUGUACUUCCUCGAGGAGUACAGCGCGCGAGUGCUCAAGCUGUACAACUUUUGGACAAAGCUCGAAGGACGAACGAGGGACCCCGUGGCGAAUCCGGAGCUCAGCGAUGUCGGCUUCCUUGUGUUCUCGCCGCCAAGGCUCAACGAGGAAUCGUCGAAGCAGGACGAGGCGUUGAAGAAAGACACGUACGACAGAGUGGCGUGCAUCCUGUACGAUUUCUACGACCUUUACAGGCAGCACGCUAACUACUUGAAGAGCAUGAGGGUGGAGGGGGGCAUGGAAGCGGAUGGAAGCACGAUGGAGACAGCGAACACGCAGGUUUAUGAGACGUUGUUGGAUGGAUUCCCUUCGGAGUGCGUCUCCGUGCCGCUGAUAUUGUUCGCGAUACUGACGCAAGUCGAGGCGAACGAAAGGGGAACUAUCGCGGAGAGUUCUGCUGCUACUGAGAACGUGAGUUCAUAUCAUAUAAUAUUUCGUUUUGGAUUAUUUGGAUAUUUGCAUGGCGUAGAAACGGAAACGAAGACGAAUAAAUCAUCGGCCGUCCCUCUCGCUUUCGAGGAGAAGAUCAAGAGCCUGGAUAUUAAAUACAAUCUGGACGACGAAGAACGCAGCAUCGACCACGACGGGCGAACCAUCGGUGACAUUAAACUAAUUCUUCAGGAGGACAGCCUGCUAGAAGCAAUCCGUCUUCUCGAUGACUCCGCGAUUCAACGGAUGAUCGCCGACCCGACAGAUAUGAUCGACAGUAUUCUGCCCGUCUUCCGGCACCCGGCGAUCGCGAAUUUUUUCCAAAAGAGCGCAACCACCGAGGGAAAGUCGAACGAGUACGCCCGUCACAUCGAUAACAUUCGACGUUACUUUGACGGCGAGGUGAACGACGAAGAAGUCCGACAUCAUUUGCACGUGUUAAUGUUCGACAGAAUGAUGUCUCGAUUGAACGGGUUCGAAACGACGGAGACAGAAACGUCUGAGGUUAUUAAUGACGCGACGACGAAACGGGAGGAUUCAAACGAUGGUGAGUUAUCUAAAAUAACACCAGAAAUGAACGAAUACACCUGCCAAUCCACAGAGUGGCCAGAAGCUUCCCUAGAACGUUGCAAGUCUCUGCCAAGCUUCUCGGCGAAACCGGCGCGCGAGCUGCGCUUCCUCAGCGACGGGGACAUCGAUUACGGGAAAACGGUACCGGAGGAGAUCGUCCGGUGCUCACCACUGUUCGAUCUGAUAGACCCGCGCGUAUUAUUGGCGCCCAGUUACUUGGCGAGGAACGUGGAGGACUUCACCGACGUGCAGCUACUGCCCGAAGCGAUUUCCCUGCAGCUUGUUCACCGAUGUUUCGCGGCGUUCGACCGCCUGGCUACUCGAUACUUCGAGCCCACGGACACGCUGUUGCUCUGCUUCUACAACGACCGGCGAGUCGACGGCGUGCACGAGGAGGAAAGAACGUCGAGCAUCCGGACGCCGGUCCGGCUACGCGAUUUCUGCGAGUACGUGGCCCCGGAAGAGAAUGACUGGCUACGCCGCGAGGAACAGCUGCACCGACUCCGAACGGCCAAGUCGCUGGAGAGAUUGAUGAGAAGGAGCUCCGAGAUAUACGAGGAGACGAUGCUGUUCCGCGACGAGGAUUUCAUCCUCCCCGGCACGCUGAAGGCGAGGGAUUUGCAGGCCAGGCGGAAGGCUAGUUUGGAAGACGACGUAUCGUCCAAUACCUGGACAGAGAAGACGUCAAAGGCCGAGAAAGAGAGGGCGAAGAAGAGAGGCAAAAGGAAGAGCGACAAAUCGACCAGCGCGAGAAACUCGGUCGACGUCAAAACUUCUACGUUGAUUACUGGAAAAGUGUCACCGCGCCAUCCUGCCGACCAGGCCGAGAGGGAACCAGUUUAUGAUUUCGUUGGCUACGAUCUCGGGAGACUUCGCGUACAAGUGACAAAUCGCAGGAGAACGUUCCGUUCAGCCGACGACACCCUGGUCCAUGUCGAAGUGGACGAUUGGCUUUACAAGGCCAAGCAUUUGAGAAUCACCGUCACCAUGCACGAGAACAGUCUACGAUUUUCCCGCAGGAUCGACGACGCUCCCGAAACGGACGAGGUGUUCCAUUUCACGAGCAGGCUGGGAAUUAUCCUUGCUUUUCAGAAGCUGUCGUCGAAUCGUCCACUCACUAUUCGCUCAGAAUUUCCAAAUUUGAAUCAGAUCGAGGAUUUUCGUGCAUUUGAAAAUGCAAGAGUGUCCAGACUGUUGGACAAUUUAAUUCCUACGCACCCUUCGAAAUAA